AUGGCUGAGAUUAUUAACGAUCAACCACCUCCACCUCCACCUCCACCUCCCACAAAUCCACCAGCCCCAUUUAAUGCUAAGGAUUUUGUCGUUCAAAAAGGUUAUUGGCUUAUCGGCAAAAAUUAUUUUCAAUGGUCUCAGUUCAUCAGACACACUCUAAAAUGUUGCGACAUGCUUGAUCAUAUUGAAGGAAAUCCUCCUCUGGUUACUGCUCCUAACUUCCCUUCCUGGGAUAAAGAUGAUUCUGCUAUUAUUACUUGGCUUUGGAACUCCAUAUCUCCAGAAAUUAGUAGAAAUUGCAUGUAUCUCUCAAGUGAAAAGGCAGUUUGGGAGUAUCUUCGUCGCAGUUAUUCCAUGAAAUAA